AUGGAUGAUUAAGAUAAAAUUCAGGAAGAUGAAUGUAUGAAUUAAUAUUGUACCAUUGAAUCAUAAAAUGUUUAUCCUGCUAAAUUUAGUGAUUAAAUUCUAUUUUUUUGUAAAGAAUGUCUUGAAUUAUACACUGAGAAAAAGUGCUGUUAUUUCUGUGCUUAAGUAAUUAUGCUUAUAUUCUAGGUUUACAGUGAUUAAAAUGAAAAUUUUUUGGAUGGUCAAAAAUGGAUUGCUUGUGAUUAGGAAAAGUGUGACAAAUGGACACAUUUAUCAUGCGAAGCUAAAAAUGGAAUUCAGGGGAUUGAAUGUUUAGUAGAAGAUAUGAAAUUUAAAUACACUUGUCCAUGGUGUAGGAUUGAGGAUCAAAAACAAAGAAAUAUGAAGCCUCUACCAAGAUCCAUCAACAGAAAAGGAUUUAAAUUUUUGGAGAAAAUUCAUAAAAGGAAGGGUAGUACCUAUGAACCUCCUGCAAAUAAUAAUAAUAAUGGUACCUCAUAUUUUAGUUCGUCUUAUUCAAGUAAAUCAAGUUAUUUAGAUGAACUCUUGAAAAAGAAUGGAGGGUUUAGCUAGUAAAUAACUUAAGAAGAGAUGCAAAUAGAUUUAUAGAAAAUGUUUUCAUUAGUUAAAUAAUGA